CUAGGGCGAUAGAUAAGUCCAGGCAGACAACACCCUAAACCGGUUUAAAGUAUUUCCCGGUUACUGUAUGUAUUAGUUAGAGAAUGCCACGGACUGUGCAGAAUUUCCUAGGCCCAAAAGUGCGGAGCAGCGCAGAGCCAUUUGUGCGUCUUUGUUUGUUGUGCACGUUUCCAAGCGAUGGUAACGCGAAUUCGGGUUGCGUUUGAGGAAGCGGCCCCUAUAGUUUGCUUGCUCCGGUCUGGAUGUAGCUGAUUGGAGUAGCAGCAGUCAGAGUGGGUGAUCACAGGGAGGAGGGGAGACUCUGAAGUGGCUUUUCUCUCUGUGUGUGUGUGUGUGAUUCUCCAGCGGCCAUGUUAACCAAGAAACCCUGCGCUGCCGCUGCUGCUGCUGUUGUCUACCCGACUGGCAAAGGGGGUGAGAUUUGCCAGCUCCAGUCUUCCCCAGGACUGGGCAUUGGGGGUCCCCGGGCUGGAGCAGGGACUGAAGCCACAUCACCCGUCACAUUACCACCACUCAGGAACAGCAACUCUCAUCAGGCUGGAGGCAAUAACCACACAAUGAAUGACCAUCUGCACGUUGGGAAUCACCAGCAGAUCCACGUUCAACAGCUGUUUGAGGAAAACAGCAACAAACGGACCGUGUUGACUGCACAACCCAAUGGGUUGGCUCCCGCAAGUAGAACAGGUCUAGCCAUGCCAGAGAAGCAGCAAGAAAGCAGCCAGUGUCGACAAGGCAGCUCAACUUCCAUCAAGUCAACUGAAAGCAAACCCAAGCCAGCACCUUUGACUCCUGAGCAGGCCAUGAAACAGUACUUGUCAAAGCUUUCAGUGUUUGAGCACCAAGAGAUCCUCAGCAACCCUGAGAUCUAUUUUAUAGGUCCAAAUGCAAAGAAAAGACAAGGUGUAGUUGGGGGGUCAAACAAUGGAGGUUAUGAUGAUGAUCAGGGCUCCUACAUUCAAGUGCCCCAUGACCACAUAGCAUAUCGGUAUGAGGUACUAAAGGUUAUUGGUAAAGGCAGUUUUGGCCAGGUGGUGAAGGCCUAUGACCACAAGAACCACCAGCAAGUGGCCCUGAAAAUGGUGCGUAAUGAAAAGCGAUUCCAUCGCCAAGCAGCUGAGGAAAUCCGCAUUCUGGAACACUUGCGCAAACAGGAUAAGGACUCCACCAUGAAUGUCAUCCACAUGCUGGAGAACUUUACAUUCCGCAACCAUAUUUGCAUGACAUUCGAAUUGCUCAGCAUGAACCUUUAUGAGCUUAUCAAGAAAAACAAGUUUCAGGGCUUUAGUUUGCCAUUGGUGCGCAAGUUUGCACACUCCAUCUUGCAGUGUCUUGACUCCCUGCACAAGAACCGAAUCAUUCACUGCGACCUCAAGCCGGAGAAUAUCCUUUUGAAGCAGCAGGGGCGCAGUGGGAUAAAAGUGAUUGACUUUGGCUCCAGCUGCUACGAGCAUCAACGGGUCUACACUUACAUCCAGUCACGCUUCUACAGGGCCCCAGAGGUCAUUCUGGGUGCUCGAUACGGGAUGCCAAUUGAUAUGUGGAGCUUAGGUUGUAUCUUAGCGGAAUUACUUACAGGGUACCCUCUCUUGCCUGGAGAAGAUGAAGGGGACCAACUAGCAUGUGUCAUAGAGCUGCUGGGUAUGCCCUCCCAGAAGCUACAGGAUUCAUCUAAGAGAGCCAAAAAUUUUAUCAGUUCAAAGGGAUACCCCCGUUACUGCACAGUCACAACCUUACCUGAUGGCUCAGUGGUGUUGAAUGGGGGAAGGUCACGUAGGGGAAAACUCAGAGGUCCACCUGGCAGCAGGGACUGGAUGACAGCACUUAAAGGCUGUGACGAUCCCCUCUUCUUGGACUUUCUCAAACAGUGUCUAGAGUGGGACCCGUCCCUGCGUAUGACCCCCAGUCAGGCCCUCCGCCACCCAUGGCUCAGAAGACGCUUGCCAAAACCUCCCACUGGGGAGAAAACGACAGUAAAGCGGAUCACUGAGGGUACUGGUGCUAUAACUUCAAUCUCCAAAAUACCUCCCCCUUCUGGCUCAGCCACAAAGUUAAGGACUAACCUGGCACAAAUGACUGAUGCCAAUGGGAAUAUACAACAAAGGACAGUGUUGCCAAAAUUAGUCAGUUGAACACUUGUUUCUUUUUUUUUCUUUGAAAUUAUAAUAUUGGAAAUUGUGCAAAGCUAAGCAUUCAGAAGUGUGGUAUUUUUUAGGAAUAAGAGUCUUUAAUGCAUAUCCGCCAUUUAUGAACUGCUUCGUAGCACCUUUUUCAGUUGGAUUUUUUUCUAGGAAAGCUCAAAUGGCCAAGAAAGGGGGAACAACACUUUUAAGUUUUUAUCUCAGGGCUGUGUUGAAUGCUGCUUUGAAGGAGCAUUCAUGCAAACUGGUCUGUAAUAACAAAAAGUCGCACUUGGUUUAAUACCUAAAUGCCUUUGCCACAAUGAAGUAAUUUUAGGAUACAUUGAUUUGUAUGCUUCUAAAAAUUUUAUCACCACCCUCAGAUCCUUUCAGAUAAAUAGCGUGUUCAUAGAUGAGGAUUAAACAUGCAUUUUACUAAAAGCUAUGCGAUAUGAGGCUUGUUGCAUUUCCCAGCAUCAUUGUUGUCAAUAUCAAGAAUAGAGAACAUACUCUAAGAGACUUAGUGAGGGUCAUAAUGGAGAGUGGAUGUUGCAGACUGUUCUGAGGUAGCAGAGAGAAUUUUUAUGUUUACAUGAUAGAUUUGUUUUGUGUCUAUUAAUCUCUUGACAUUCCUUUAAAGAAACUAAAUGAGGAAAAGUGUCUAGAGUGGUCUACACUACAGCAGAUUGAUGGCAAAUGUAAAGGAAUUUAUGUGGUUUGAUAGAAAGUAGGCUAUACUGUUCUCUGUAGUACUUGACCGGUGUACAUUCGUGUAAUUAUAAGCUAUUCGCUGGAAGAGUUGCUUUUGAACAUGUACUGUCCUGGAAGGAAAAAAAAACUGGUGCUUUACCUUUUUAUUUAUUAAUGUUUUAUAGCUUGAAACUUAAUGUUCACGGAACAAAACAGUGUUGUGUUAUCUCAAUGAGUGAAGACAGGUUAGUUUGCAAGUUAGGGUCUAGAUUCUUUUUGUCUUUUUGCAGUGACUAGGAUUAAGAAUUGAGGAAUCGGAAGGCAGGACAAUAAAUUAACGUAACAUAACGUAAAAGUAACGAUGCUAAUUAAGAUAGAUAUUUUAAGUGGACAACGUUAUGGCAGAGCAAUGCAAAUGAUUCAGUACAGUACAGAUGGCUACAUUGCUUAUAUAUUGUUACAUAAUCAUUGUGUGGACUUGCUAAUAUCAGGCCAGAGUUAAAAUUCUUAAAGGUUGUUCCCUUUUUUAAAUAAUGAAUAAUGCUACAAAUAAGUUAUUAAUAACACUUUUUUUUACCCCCAAAUCCAGAACCAUUGGAUUUGAAAAAGAAUAUUUCACUAGAUCACAAAACACUGGCCAUUUUUAUAGCAUUUGUGACAUGGAAAUAAUAACUUGACUGACAUGGGUGUAAAAUCUUAAUAAGUUUAACUUAUUUAUCUUGUUUUGUUGUGUCAAUGAAAAGCUAAUAUGGGUGGAACCAGUGGCCUGAAUGUGGAUUUUAUUUAUGGUGUAAUGCACAAGAAAUAUAUCUGCCACUAUGUUGAGCUCUUAUUAUAGCAGGAGGUAGUCCUGCUUUCUUUCGACCAGUCAUGGAUUGUGGGGGUGUGGAAGGACGUCAAACUAUGGGCUGUCAGGGAGACCAGUGAAGCUGUAAUGCUCAUGUUGAGCCCUCAACCCCCCACCCUCUGACGGAGACUGGCACAGUGCCCUCCAGGCCUACUGCACACUGCACAGGGGGCUCAGGGCCCUUUGGACACCCAUAGUGCUUUAUGCAGAAAUUACCUGCUAAGAUCAGCAGGCAUUUCAAAAUGUUCACCUUUUUUUAUUGUUCUUUGAAUUGACAGCAGUGUGGAAUAAUUGUGCCCUUAGGUUUAAUACAAUGUGCCUUUGGUUAUCAAUGCCAUUCAUUUUAUUUCAAACAAUGAUUCUCCCUUCCAUUUAUUUUGAAAGACUCAUGGUGAUUUGAGCACAUGUUUGAGCAUCGCCCAAAGAUACUUCCCAAACCAUAUUAAAUGGGAUUUGGGAACAAGCGGCCGCACAGUAGAGGUUAUACAUGCAGUUUGGACACUCAGUGUUUUUUAUACUAUGAUUUGAGAGGACCCUUUUCCAACAGGGAUGUCUUAGUAAGAGACAACAAUUAUUACAGUCUUCGUCACUGCAUUCAUUUUGUUGUCUUAACAUCAGAGUAUUCAAGGUGAUACAUUUGGUUAAUUUUUAUUACAAUAGAAAUAAGAACACAUUUUAAUAUUUUACCUCAGACUGUUGUGAUAUUCUUGUACUUUAUGAAUCCAGGGCAUUUGGUAUAUACCAAAGUGCAUUCCUUUCUGUGUUAGUGGCUUUGAGGGAAAUGAAGCCAGAAUUUCUAUUUUUACCUGAUCAAGAGGCCAUCAAGCCUGUCAAGGGCAUGUCUUGAGAUUGAUAAUCCUCUGUGGAGAGCGAAUGAUUGGGGAAGGAUGCUUGAGCUCUAUUAGACACUCGCAUCACCUGGUAAAAUGUCUGACAGAUGUAGCAUACCUCCAAACCUCUGUUACUUGACAUGGUUGGAUGUAUCUUCAGAGCAGUGAAAACUGCAACCCCAAGAAAUCCACAGUGACUCAAGUUGUCAUCCCAGUGUGCAAUACAGUGGUAGCAUUGUUGAGGAAAAUCAAACUACAUGGCUGAAAGGUACAUUUUAAAACAACAUGCUUUUUACGAUUUUUAAAUAUAAGCCCUAAUUCUUGAAUCUAGCUACCCACUGUCAACCGAGGUCAGUUCUUUUUUUUUUAUUUUAAACGAAUCUUUAAAUGGAGGAAUAAAGUUGACAUUGUUUAUAUUCAGCCACAGAUAUGUUCUGUACAUAUGUGAAUUUGUUGAGAAUUUGAUGUGGAUGUGUACAUAUGUAUAAUGUUUUAAUUUUGUGAAAUGCUGCUGAAAACACUACAUAUAUUGCUGUAGUGGGGUUUUAUUGUUGGCGGCCAGUUUGAUACUGUAUGUAUUGUACAGCAGAAAAAAGAAGAGGUUCUUUUCUAGUGAUCAUUUGUUAAAUUUUAUUGUUGUGGCUGGAAUACAUUAAUAAUAAAAGUUUUAAUGUCCAUCUUUACAAAA